GACAGUAAGGUCACGUGACCUGUCUGAAGCAGAGAAGCAGUGAGAUAAAGAGAAGCCACUUCGUCACAUUUGGUUCCGGUCCAGAUUCUGGCCGUGUUGGGUUUCUCCUGCAGGACAGUGAGUCAGUGUGAACUGUAGUAACCCCGUCCCAACAUCUUUUUGUUCCGUUCUCGGUCUCCGGGGGCGGCUAACGACGGACUCCAUCACUGGCUGGAUCCCGGAGCGCUGCCUCUCCUCAUUGGACCGCGCUGUGAAGCGGCUGUCAGCCCAUGUGGCGUGGCCUGGCAUAGAGCGAGACAUUUAAAUUAAUCAGAAAAAACCGGAGAAGAACCAGCAUCCGACACCACCGCAGCAGUCACUCCGACGGCACCGUGGAAUAAGAAACACGCGUUUUCCACGCACGAGUUCACGGCACAGGACGUCAGUAUGGAUGAGAUCGUCAUUGCUGGGAUAUCAGGCCGCUUGCCAGAGUCCAACAACCUGGAGGAAUUCUGGGAAAACCUCAUCAACAGUGUGGACAUGGUGACAGAGGACGACAGGCGGUGGAAGCCAGGUCUGUACGGUCUUCCAAAGAGGAACGGGAAACUGAAGGACAUCAGCCACUUUGAUGCAUCUUUCUUUGGAGUCCACCCCAAACAGGCCAACACCAUGGAUCCCCAGCUCCGUCUGAUGCUGGAGGUUUCCUAUGAGGCCAUCGUAGAUGGAGGACUGAAUCCGAACGCGCUGCGUGGCAGUAAGACCGGGGUCUACAUUGGGGUGAGUGGCUCUGAGGCCGGCGAGGCCUUCAGCAGAGAUCCAGAGGAGCUGCUGGGAUACAGCAUGACGGGUUGCCAGAGAGCCAUGCUGGCCAACAGACUGUCCUACUUUUUUGACUUCAGAGGCCCGAGCACUGCCAUAGACACAGCCUGCUCCUCCAGCUUGUUGGCUCUAGAAAAUGCCUUCCACGCGAUUCGCCAGGGCCACUGUGAUGCAGCGCUGGUGGGCGGAGUCAACCUACUGCUCAAGCCAAACACGUCGGUCCAGUUCAUGAAGCUGGGCAUGCUCAGUCCUGAUGGGACCUGCAAGUCCUUUGACUCAUCAGGAAACGGAUACUGUCGUUCUGAAGCAGCCGUCGCAGUUCUGCUAACCAAGCGAUCAGCAGCUAAACGCGUCUACGGCACCGUGAUCAAUGCAGGAAACAACACAGAUGGCUACAAGGAGCAAGGUGUGACAUUUCCUUCAGGUGAGAUUCAGCAGAGUUUGGUUCGUUCUCUCUACCAGGAGGUGAACAUAACUCCUGACCAGGUGGAGUACAUCGAGGCUCACGGCACCGGAACCAAGGUUGGAGACCCACAGGAAGUAAACGGUAUCGUUGGCGUGUUCUGUCAAUCAAAGCGGGAACCUUUGCUGAUUGGUUCCACCAAGUCCAACAUGGGUCAUCCAGAACCAGCCUCUGGUCUGGCUGCUCUGGUAAAGGUGGUACUUUCUUUGGAACGAGGAACCUGGGCACCCAACCUUCACUUCAACACUCCCAAUCCCGACAUUCCCGCCCUAACUGACGGCCGGGUUCAGGUUGUUGACAGGCCUAUCCCAGUUCGACGAGGCAUCGUAGGGAUCAACUCGUUUGGAUUUGGAGGCUCAAACGUUCAUGUCAUCCUGCGUCCAGCUGAUGAGCCGACAGGCUCAGAUCCACCCGGGAUGUUUCCCAGAGUCGUUCAGGCCUGUGGCCGCUCAGAGGCUGCGGUAGCGGCUGUCCUGCAGAAGGGGAAGGAGCACGGCGCAGACCACAGCUUCCUGUCGCUGCUGAACGGGGUGUCGGGAAUCCCUCCCAGCAGCAUGCCGUACAGGGGCUAUGCGCUGAUUGGAUGUCAGAGUGACCCUGUGGAAGUGCAGCAGGUUCCGGCUGCUGUCAGACCGCUGUGGUACAUCUGCUCAGGAAUGGGAACUCAGUGGGCAGGUAUGGGUCGCAGCCUCAUGCAGCUGCCGGCCUUCAGAGAGUCGGUGCUGAGAUCAGACGCUGCCCUGAAGGAAACCGGUCUGGUCGUGUCUCAGCUGCUCAUGGAGGCUGAUGAGGCCACUUUUGAAGACACUGUUCACGCCUUUGUUGGCCUCGCCGCCAUUCAGAUUGCUCUGAUUGACCUUCUGACCCAGAUGGGUCUGCAGCCUGAUGGGAUCGUGGGUCACUCUGUGGGAGAACUAGCCUGUGGAUACGCUGACGGCUCUCUGAGCCACACCGAGGCCAUCCUGGCUGCCUACUGGAGAGGACACUGCAUUAAGAAGGCUGACCUUCCUCCGGGAGGAAUGGCUGCAGUCGGGCUGACCUGGGAGGAGUGUAUGGCUCAGUGUCCUCAGGGAGUGGUUCCAGCCUGCCACAACGCCGAGGACACGGUGACCGUCUCUGGUCCUCAGGAAGCAGUCAGUCUGUUUGUGUCGGCGCUGAAGCAGCAGGGAGUGUUUGCGAAGGAAGUCCGCAGCGCCGGCGUGGCGUUCCACUCCCACUACAUGUCGGCCAUCGGUCCGACGCUGCUCGCCGCUCUGAAGAAGGUGAUCAAGGAGCCACGAAGGCGUUCGGCCCGCUGGGUCAGCACCAGCAUCCCUCAGUCUGAGUGGGAGUCUCCUCUGGCUCUGUACAGCUCGGCUGAGUACCAUGUCAACAACCUGCUGAGUCCGGUGCUGUUCCAGGAGGCCCUGAGGCUGGUGCCGGAAGACGCCGUGGUGGUGGAGAUCGCUCCUCAUGCUCUGCUGCAGGCCAUCCUCAAACGCAGCCUAAAGCACACAUGUUCCAUCCUCCCUCUGAUGAAGAGGGGCAACGCCAACAACCUGGAGUUCUUCCUCUCCAACAUCGGCAGGAUCUACACCAGCGGCAUCGAUGUGGACUGUAACAGCCUCGGCCCAGCGGUCAGGUACCCGGUCCCGGCUGGGACACCUCUCAUCUCCCCCCUGCUGCAGUGGGACCAUUCCCAGACUUGGGACGUCCCCAGACCAGAGGACUUUUUCUACAGCUCAGGAGGAUCUGGUUCUGCUGCCAUCUACAACAUCGAGACAAACCCAGAGUCAGCAGACCACUAUCUAACUGGACACUGCAUCGAUGGACGUGUCCUCUACCCAGCCACGGGCUACCUGGUCCUGGCCUGGCGAACCUUGAUGAAAAGUUGUGGGGUUGUCAUGGAAACGACCCCUGUUACCUUUGAGGAUGUGACCAUCCACAGGGCCACCAUCCUGCCGAAGACUGGUUCUGUUCAGCUAGAGGUCCAUCUGAUGCCGGCCACCAACACGUUCGAGGUGUCGGAGAACGGAAACCUGGCUGUCAGCGGGAAGGUGAGCCUUCUUGAGGAUACCGCCCUCGAUUCUUUCCGUAGUCGGAUUAAUCAGGAAUCUGCCGGCGACUCUGACUCCAAAACUUACCUGAAGUCAGGUGAUGUUUACAAAGAGCUUCGGCUGCGAGGAUACGACUACGGGAAGACCUUCCAGGGAAUCCUGGAGUCCAACAACGCAGGCAACAGCGGGAAGCUGCAGUGGACGGGAAACUGGGUGACGUUUUUGGACACCAUGCUGCAGAUGAUUGUGGUCGGGCUGCCGGGUCGUAGUCUCCGAUUACCAACCAGAAUCCGCUCGGUGUGCGUCGAUCCAGCUCUCCAUCUAGAAAAAGUUUCUGAGUACAUCGAUGGGAAAAAAGCUGUCCACGUCCACGUCAACCGUUGCCUUGACAACAUUGUUGCCGGUGGAGUCCAAAUCAGCGGUCUGCACGCCACCGUGGCCCCCCGGAGGCAGCAGCAGCAGAGUCCCCCCACCCUGGAGGAGUUUGUAUUUGUUCCCUACGUGGAGACGGAGUGCCUCAAAACCAAUCAGAAACUAGCAGAACAGCUGAGACUCUGCAAAGAUUUGAUCCGUAAGCUGCAACUGAAGUUGGCUCCUCAUGGUGUUCAGAUGUCCAUCCCGGGUCUAAAGGGGGAGUCAGGCGAUGGUCUUCCUGUCUCUGAGGGGUCAAAGCCCGACCUGGUGCGACUGCUGACGCUCCUCUGUGGUCUGGAGCUGAACGGGAACCUUCAAUCAGAACUGGAGCAGGUGGUGGAGAAGGAGCGAGCCUGUCUGCUGCAGGAUGCUCUGCUGCAAGGGCUCUUAGAUGAUCCAGCCCUCAGACACCUCCUGGACAUCACCAUGGAAAACUGUACACCAGGGAGGAUCCGUGUCUUGGAGGCACUGUCAAACGAUGGUCAGCUGUUCCCUCGUGUGGUCCCCCUCCUCAACAUCCAGCCGAUGCUGCAUGUGGACUACACUACCACAGCGUCCAGCCUGGAUCUCCUGUCCCCCCUCGAGGUCACCCUGCAGGACCUGUCUAUCUCCUCAGCACAGUGGGACCCUCUGGUCAGCCCAGCUCCUGGAGGUCUGGUGUCGGCGGCGGACCUGGUUCUGUGUAACCAUGCAUGGGGUCCGCUCAGGACAGAACCCAGGGUGCUGGUGGCUAACCUGGCUUCUGGAGCCCGAGAAGAAGGGUUUGUUCUGCUGCACACCUUGCUGAAGGGGGAGACAGUGGGGGAGACGGUGGCCUUUCUCAGCAGCUCGGCUCAGAGCAGCAGCUGGCGUGGACUGCUCACGCAGGCCGAGUGGGAGAAGGUUUUCUCCGAGGCCUCACUGAGCUUGGUGGCAGUCAGAAAGUCUUUUUAUGGCUCCGCCCUCUUUCUGUGUCGCCGUAGGUCUUCGAGUAAACAACCUGUUUACCUCCCAGUGGAGAGUGCCGACUGUAAGUGGGUGGAAGCUCUUCAGCAGGUCAUGAUGUCGGACUCGAACCGUCCUGUGUGGUUGACGUCAUCUCAGCCUUACUCUGGAAUUGUGGGAAUGGUCAACUGUCUUCGGCAGGAACCAGGCGGCAGCCGGAUACGCUGCAUCUUCGUGUCCAACCUGAACGGGUCUUCAGUGGCACCGGUUCUCCAGCCAGGUCAUCGGUCCAUUCAGGCGGUGCUGGACGGAGAUCUGGUGAUGAAUGUGUUCAGAGACGGGCGGUGGGGAACCUUCAGACACCAGCUCAUCGCUCACGAUCUGAGAGAAGAGCUGACAGACUCCGCGUACGUCAACGUGUUGACUCGAGGUGACCUGGCUUCCCUGCGAUGGAUCUCGUCUCCGCUCCGAUACUUCGUCAGUACUGACCCGUCCGUUCAGCUCUGUCAGGUCCACUACAGCUCGCUCAACUUCAGAGACGUCAUGCUCGCCACCGGAAAACUGCCACCGGAUGCUAUUCCAGGGGACCUGGCCCUGCAGCAGUGCAUGCUGGGAAUGGAGUUUUCAGGCCGGGACCCUGCAGGACUUCGUGUGAUGGGUCUUCUUCCUGCUAAAGGUCUGGCUACGGUGGUGGAUGCUGACCGCCGCUUCCUGUGGGAAGUUCCUGCUCACUGGACUCUGGAACAAGCAGCCUCUGUUCCGGUGGUCUACGCCACCGCCUACUACUCCUUGGUGGUGCGUGGCAGACUCCGGCCCGGUGAGACGGUCCUCAUCCAUUCCGGGUCGGGUGGAGUGGGUCAGGCCGCCAUCGCCGUGGCGCUUAGCAGGAAAUGCAGAGUUUUUACCACUGUUGGUUCGACCGAGAAGCGAAGCUACCUCCAGGAGAGGUUCCCUCAGCUCUCAGCAGAGAGUUUCGCCAACUCCAGAGACUCCUCGUUCGAACAGCACGUCCUUCUCCACACACAAGGAAAAGGUGUGGACCUGGUGUUAAACUCUCUGGCUGAGGAGAAGCUGCAGGCCAGCGUUCGCUGUCUCGCCAGACAUGGACGAUUCCUGGAGAUCGGGAAAUACGACCUCUCCAACAACACUCCACUCGGUAUGGCUCUGUUCCUGAAGAAUGUGGCCUUUCAUGGGAUCCUGCUGGAUGCUCUCUUUGAAGAAGGCAACAAGGAGUGGGAGGAGGUGUCCCAGCUGCUGAAGGAGGGCAUCAUGGGAGGUGUAGUCCAGCCUCUACGGACAACUGUGUUCCAGAGGGACCAGGUUGAGGACGCGUUCAGAUUUAUGGCUCAGGGCAGACACAUCGGUAAAGUCCUCCUGAAGAUCCGCAGUGACGAACCGGGUCCAGGUGCUCAGCCAGCUUCACCUUUGUCUCUUCCAGCCAUCUGUCGGACCUUCUGCCCUCCAUCCCACACCUACAUCAUCACUGGUGGACUGGGAGGGUUCGGUCUGGAGCUUUCUCAGUGGCUAAUGGAGAGAGGAGCUCGUAGAUUAGUGCUGACUUCUCGAUCCGGCAUCAGGACAGGUUAUCAGGCCAAAAGGAUCAGAGAGUUUCAGGACCAGGGUGUGUCGGUGUUGGUGUCGACGAAAGAUGUCAGCACACUGGGAGGAGCCGAACAGCUGAUCUCUGAGGCCUCUACGCUCGGUCCAGUGGGAGGAGUCUUCCAUCUGGCCAUGGUAUUGAAAGACGGGAUGCUGGAGAAUUUGACCCCGGAGCUCUUUGUUGAUGUUUGCAAACCGAAAUGUGAUGGCACCAUUAAUCUGGACAAAGUGACCAGAAGUUCCUGUCCAGACCUCAAGUACUUCGUGGCCUUCUCCUCAGUCAGCUGCGGCCGUGGAAACGCCGGCCAAAGUAACUACGGUUAUGCCAACUCGACAAUGGAACGUGUAUGUGAGAGGCGCCGCCAUGAUGGCCUCCCUGGUUUAGCAGUUCAGUGGGGGGCCAUCGGUGAUGUGGGUGUAGUGCUGGAGACCAUGGGCGGUAAUGAUGUCAUUAUUGGCGGAACGCUGCCCCAGCGCAUCACUUCCUGCCUGGAGGUGCUGGACUUCUUCCUAUGUCAGCAGCAGCCGGUGAUGUCCAGCUUUGUUCUGGCAGAGAGGAUGGUGGUAAAGAGUGAGGCUGGAAACCAGAAAGACCUGGUGGAUGCUGUCGCUCACAUUCUGGGUGUUCGGGAUGUCAGCAGUCUGAACGCUGAUGCCUCAUUGGCAGAUUUGGGUCUAGAUUCUUUGAUGGGUGUGGAGGUUCGGCAGACUUUGGAGCGAGACUAUGACAUUGUCAUGGCCAUGAGGGAGAUCCGCCAGCUCACCAUUAACAAGCUGCGAGAGUUGUCCAAGAAGAAGCCUGAAGGACCCAGUGAGUCUCACCACGCUGCAGCCAAGAGGGAUGCUGUUCGCUCUGUGUUGGAAUCAGAUGUGACCCAACUGUUAGUCAACCCCCACGGUCCCACCAUCACUCCACUCAAUGAGGUCCAAAGCCCGGAGAGGCCCCUGUUCCUGGUCCAUCCCAUCGAGGGCUCUAUCACUGCCUUCAAGACGCUGGCCUCCAAACUCAGUGUGCCGUGUUAUGGAUUACAGUGCACUAAAGCUGCCCCCCUGGACAGCAUCCAGUCUCUGGCAGAUUAUUACGUGAGCUGCAUCCGACAGCUCCAGGCAGACGGACCGUAUCGGAUCGCCGGUUAUUCCUUUGGAGCCUGUGUGGCGUUUGAGAUGUGCUCUCAGCUGCAGAACCAGAACCAGCCCGUGGAUCACCUCUUCCUGUUUGAUGGCUCACACUCCUACGUAGCAGCGUACACACAGAGCUACAGAUCCAAACUGACUCCGGGAAAUGAGUCAGAAGCCGAGACAGAGGCUCUCUGCGCCUUCAUCCAGCAGUUCACUGGCAUAGAAUACAACAAGCUGUUGGAGACUCUCCUGCCACUUUCGGACCUGAAGGCCCGUGUGGACGUGGCUGUGGACCUGAUCACCUCCAACCACAAGGACAUCAGCCGUGAGUCUCUGCACUUCGCUGCCUCCACCUUCUACCACAAGCUGAAGGCUGCGGACCGGUAUGUUCCUGCUGCCAAGUUCCAUGGCAAUGUGACGCUGCUGCGCGCCAAAACCAGCAGCGAGUAUGAGCAGAACCUGGGAGCCGACUAUAAACUGAGCGAGGUCUGUGAUGGAAAGGUCUCUGUUCACGUCAUUGAAGGAGACCAUCGCACCCUGCUGGAAGGAGAAGGAGUGGAGUCCAUCAUCAGCAUCAUCAGCCAUCAGCUGGCUGAGCCUCGGGUCACACCGAGGGAGGGCUGAGCACGCCCCGUUCCGCCCCGUUCCACCCCAUUCCACCACGUUCCACCACGUUCCAGAGACGCUUUUCCUCUUUCUGCUGAGUUCAGGAUGUUUAGAUUUUUUCAUUUAAUGGUACGAAACAUCCCGAACAGACGGCGAUGCUGUGAAAAUUUACCAACUCCUACUCUGAAUGAAAUGUUGGUUUGUUCAGAGAUGUUUGUUAGGUCCGUUUCUCCCAGUUAAACCAGUUUUCCAGCUUUAAUCCGUCUGCUGUGGAUCUAAUGACUGUGAUCCAAAAGAAACCCUUUAACUCUGUUUUACUGAAGGAACGUGUCCGGCACGCCUUCAACUGAUCAUGUGAAACAUGUCUGGCUUUUAACCCAUCACACAUCUCCAUGGAAACGACCUCAGAUGAUGUCUUGCCUGUAACCUCUGUAUUAUUGUAGAGAACCUCCUGAGUGCUCCGCCCUCAUUAAUAAAGAGUCUGAGUCUGUUAAUGAAAACUAGGAUAAGAAGGAAUCAUAUUUUGGAAAAUCCUACUAGAUGGUAAAGAAACGGCAAAUUAAAACAACUUCCCACUGGUGUGAUGCUGAGCUCAGGCAGCAGACAUGCUGUCUGAGGAGUUCAGUGUAUUUACAUCCUCGCUGCUGUUUUUAGCUGAAAUCACGGUUCAGUUAAACCAAAGUUUGUUUCAAAUAAAAGCUGGAACCACAGCAGGUCAGAAAGGAUGGAUCAUAAUGCUGGCUGGACCAGGACCAGGUCACAAGACCUGGUCCUGAAGUGAACGUUUCCUUUCUUUGUUCUUUAGUUUAGUUUACUCCUGAAAUAGAUCCUCAUGGGUGGAAGCAGAAUGAGUUUUUUAUCUUCACUCUUUAGUUAGUAGUUUGUUUAACCACAGAGGAAGUAUUAAUGAGCUGCUGUCCUCUCCGUCCUGUCAAAGCAACCUGUCCUCUGAGACCUGUCUGCUGGUCAGUGAAGGGUCAGGUGACAAGAUGGAGGCAUGUCCAUGUUUGUUCCUUUCUUGUAAUAUUGUGACUAAUAAAGAUCUCUCACUAA